AUUUAUUGCUGCUUAACUUCCAAAGUCAGGAAUCCAGCUUGCUUUUAUAGUUGCAAAGAGCAGUGAAGACACAACACAACACAAACACAGAGAGAGAGAGAGUGAACAAAUCCAGCAUUGUUCUGUUCUCUGCAACAUUUUCCACUCUCAACCAUGGCUUCAAAGCUUUUACUCAUCACUGUCUUCGUUUUUGAUUUGAUUGCUUUUGGACUGGCUGUGGCUGCUGAACAGAGAAGAAGCACUGCUAGCAUUGUGCCGGACAAUGAAAAGAAUUAUAAUUACUGUGUCUAUAACUCUGAUAUAGCAACUGGCUAUGGUGUUGGAGCAUUUUUGUUCCUCUUGGUUAGUCAAGUCCUGAUAAUGGUGGCAAGUCGAUGCUUCUGUUGUGGAAAGCCUCUAAACCCUGGAGGAUCAAGGGCCUGUGCAGUUGUCCUUUUCAUAAUCUGCUGGGUGUUUUUCAUCAUAUCUGAGGUGUGCUUGUUGGCUGGAUCAGUGGAAAAUGCCUAUCACACCAAGUACAGGACCAUCUUCGGGGAGAAUCCUCCGUCUUGCGAAACAGUUAGGAAGGGAGUGUUUGCUGCUGGUGCUGCUUUUAUUUUCUUCACUGCCAUAGUUUCUGAAUUCUACUAUAUCAACUACUCAAGGGCCAGGGAAAGCUUCCAACCUUACGCUGGUGGCGAGACUGGUGUAGGUAUGGGAACCUACAAAUGAGCUUGUUAGUUAAGAAUUUUACAGCAAACAUUUUGGUGUGACUAUAUCUGGAGUCUGGAUUCUGCAGCACAUUUGAUCUAUAUUGUCAUGUAUACAUAUCAACAAGAGAAAUAAUUUCUUACAUUCUCUGAUCACACUUGAUCUAUAGUGUCUGCAUACUUAAAUUGUAGUCCUUUCAUUGUUGGUAACUUCAUUGUAGGGUCAAUUUCCUUAAUAUUUUUGGUACUUUGUGAUAGGAGGAAUUUCACACAUUUGGUGCUUCAAAAGAACCUUGUCCAUAUAUAUUACAUAAGGGCAUAAGGCAGCUGCAAGUUUUAGUUUA